AUGGAAUUACAAGAUAUAAACGGAAACGACGGCGGCGGGAGCUUCUUGGCGGACCGCCCCAUUGAUGAGUAUCGCCCGAUUCGCGUGGUUGUCAUCGGCGCAGGCAUUUCGGGCAUACUUACUUCGAAUCGGUACCCAGGCUGUGCUUGCGACAUACCUGCCCAUGCAUACCAAGCAACAUUUUCACCAAACCACGAGUGGUCUCGAUUCUACGCGUCGUCUAAACAGAUCCGUGCGUACUGGAAGACGGUUGCUGGCAAGUACAACUUCAUGAAAUACAUCAAAAUCCGCCAGCAGGUCGUCGGCGCUGUCUGGGACAACCACGAAUCUCAACGGACAUUCAAGGUUAAGGUUACGAGCGGAAUACAAAUCUUGCCUGUUAUGCUGCCGAAAGUCUCACACAUCGACCAUUACAUCCAGGGGAAAACCUGGAUUUCGCCAACAUUUGCUCGAGCCAUAACAGAUGAGCAUAGAAGCGGUAUCAAAGCCGUACCCUGGACGAGAAAUAUCGAGCUUGAACUACAGUCCGUUCACGGAUCCACCAUCAGGGACGCGCCAGAGCAGCUUGGGGCCGUGGGAUUGUUCACCGAGGCAAUGAAGAAAAGGCUCAAGAAGAAACCAGGAUUGUCAGAAGCUCUGAUCCCUUCGUUCCCGCUUGUAGACCGCAGACUGAUUCCCGGCCCGGGAUACUUGGAAGCUCUCACCCACGACAGGGUUAAUGUCAUCCAGCAAGGGAUAUUUUUGGUCGAUGAAACGGGCAUCCCAACACAGGACGGGAAGCACUACCCCGUUAAUGUCAUUACAGGUGGAAGGCCAUCCCGGAGACGUACCCUUUCAUGUCGACGGACGGGUUCCCAAAUUUUUUUAUGCAACGAGACAAUAUUGUCGCUAUGGCUCCUCGAAAACAGGCCGUCCAACGGUUCACCACGCACUGCGAUGCGUACCUUGAGAAUGACAGUCUUCACGCUCCACCGCCGCAGCUGCUACAAGGGCGGCACAUACGACGGGAGGGUCAACGCACUUUGGCCUGGUUCGUCUUUACACGCCAUGCAAGUCUUUGCUCAUCCGCGUUGUGAAGAUUUCGAAUAUCGGCACGGGGAAGACAAUGCGAACAGCUGGAUUGGCAAUGGAUGGACGCAGAACGAAAAGGACAGGGCCGUCAACGUAGAUUAUCUUGACGAUGGACAGAUAGAUUUUCCCCCGGUGCUGUUGCCCUCACCGGUACCGACACCGGAUGCUUCUCUAUUUGGUGAGAGUGCAUUGUAG